CGGUGUUGGGAAUCAUAUCAAAAACAGUAAACAGUUUAUUUAGAUCGGAAUCAACAUUCGGAAAUUGGUACCAACAGAAUGAGGUCACUAGUGUUGGCAUUGUUAAUUGCGGUGAUGCAAGUUGAAGCAGUCCCGAGCUCUGAUAAUCCUUGUGAAGGCAUCCUAAGCGGUAUCCUGGUGGACCCUGAUGUGUGCUACCAGUUUUUCAUUUGUUACAAAGAAGAAGCUGAAGUUGUGACGUGUCCGGAAGGGACAAUCUUCUCUGCUGAAGAUAUAACCUGCAUUCCAGGAAAUCAGGAAACUUGCGAGGAAGGAUAUCCUGUGGAACCGGAGGACGAUAAUCCUUGCAGAGGAAUCGUGCUGGCUAGAUUCCCACACCCGGAGAGCUGUACCAAGUACAAAAGCUGCGUUCUCGGUCAGCUGAGAGAGCAGUCCUGUCGCGAUGGAUUUGUUUUCUCGCAGCGAGCGUUCAUUUGUCUUCCAGGAGAUGCGGAAUCUUGCGCGGUACAAAUUCUUCCAACAACAACCACUCCCGCCCCGGGAGAAAUUCGACCGAUCCCAGGAGACUUCUGUUUGUUGAAUGGACGUCCAUUUGGUCGGCUGCCGCAUCCUCAGCUUUGCACCCGUUUUGUGCACUGUCAGUUCUGGUUCCCGGAAGAACGGGAAUGUCCCAGCUGGACGGUAUUCAACGAGCGGCUUCAUGUUUGCCUUCCCGGUAAUCCGAAUACCUGCACUACGGUGAUUGAUCCGGAAGGGCCCUCUACCACCACUCUUGCACCGAUAACGGAUGAAAUUUGUGAAGGUAAGACUGUGGCACUGGUUCCACAUCCGUACUACUGUUAUAUGUAUGUCAGCUGUAUGGUCGGAAAGGCUACGGAACGGGAGUGUCCAAAUUUCCACGUGUUUUCCGAGCGUCAUUCGAUGUGUCUGCCAGGAAUUCGGGACACCUGUACCGUUUUUGGACAGGGACAGCCGGAGUGAACGUUGUGCGGUGAACUCGAAUAUUUAAGUUAAUUGAACUGUGAUACGGGAGUACGGCUUUAA